AUGGAGCUCAUUGAAUUUGUUCAUCACUAUGAGAAAACGAUAGAAGAGAUGCGUUUAGCAGAGUUGGAAGAUGACUACCGUAGCAAAAAUGGUGCACCGCGUCCAAAAGUAUGGAGUAAAGUGUUAAGAAGUGCAGCCAAGGUUUAUACUAACAAAAUGUUUCAGCUUUUUGAAUCAGAAUUUGUUGGCUGUAUGGGAGUCAGACUAAAAAAAGUGUCCAGCCUAGAUAAAGUUCAUAUAUAUGAAGCAAUUGAAGAUGGUCGUCAAAGUGUGCACAAGAUUGAAUAUAACUCUACAUCCUUGAGCAUUUCUUGUUCUUGUAAGUCAUUUGAGUCACUUGGAAUCUUAUGUCGUCAUGCUUUGAAGGUGUUUGAUACUAAUAAUAUCACUAGUUUACCGACUCGGUAUGUAUUGAAGAGGUGGACUAAAGAAGCAAAGAAAGGGAUUGUGGUGAGCAAUGAUACAGGUGGAGGAACAAGUGAGAAUUCAAAGUCUGCUAGAGUGUUGCACCUUAGCGAAUUGAUGCAUGAAGGAAAUAGUGUGUAUGACAUAGCCUCACUAACUAGUUCAGGUACUAAAAUUGUCAAGGAUCUGUUAACAGAGGCAAUGAAGCGCCUUGAAAAAGACAAGGACACCCUUGUGAAUAGUGGAUUGGCAGGCAAAUUGCCUUUCAUUGGUGCAUUGUAUAAGCUGAAGGCAAUUGCCAAUUUGAGAUGA